AGUACGUUCCAUUACGAUUCCCAAUUUUGGAGGAACAGAAGUUCUUACACCCUUCCAGGAGGCAAAACUGGCUUUGACUUUCAAGUGACAAAGUUGCCAACCUACUGGGACACAUCCUUCUCCAAAAUCUGUCUCGGUAAGAAGAUCGGCAAUCAGCUCAGAUUCAUUGUCAUCAACAAACAUGCCGAGUCUCUACACUCACUCAUCGCUGAUGGAAAAAAACGCACCACCUCACUUGGUCGUAGAAAGUGGAAGACACUGAUUGGCUCACAGGCCUCCUUGCAGCCCCACUGCAACGUGGGAGGAUUCAACGCGGUUGGAGAGGAACUUCAUCAAUCCAAAUCAAGAAUCGGCAUCACUGCUAACCUGCAGAAUGAAUGCUCUUCUUGUGACUCCAGGAUUGGUUUACGCGCAGGAGGUCUGCAUGAUGGCUCCAAUACUUGUGGAAACGAGGCAACGCGCGAGCCUGAUAAUGGAGACAAGCCCAUCAAAGCCAUGGGGUACAUCCUGGUGCAGUGA